CAAAAGCAAGUCUUGACGUUGACUUCCAUCAUGCUGAAGCUUCUCAUUUUUGCUACGCUUGUCCUUUAUGGACACUGCUCAGAGGAGUCGUUGAAGGCAAAUGGACGUGUCGUUGGGGGCUAUGAGGCAAGAAAGAACGCAUGGCCAUCACAGAUUUCCCUCCAGUACUACUCAGGUGGCAGCUGGUAUCACACAUGUGGUGGGACGUUGGUGGCACGUAACUGGGUGAUGACAGCAGCUCACUGUGUGGACAGAAACAUGAAUUUUCGUGUGGUUCUCGGGGACCACAACAUUUAUCAGCAAGAAGGCACAGAACAGUACAUAAGCGUGAGCAAAAUCGUCAUUCAUCCAUACUGGAAUAGCAACAAUGUAGCUGGAGGAUACGAUAUUGCGAUGCUGCGUCUCGCUCAAAGUGCAACUCUCAACAGCUAUGUGAAGCUUGCUUAUUUGCCUCCAUCGGGCCAGAUCCUGCCCAACAAUAACCCCUGUUAUGUCACUGGCUGGGGCAGGACCCAAACUAAUGGACAGCUAGCAUCGGUCCUGCAGGAAGCUUACCUUCCUGUGGUGGAUUAUUCAACCUGCUCCAGUUCGUCCUACUGGGGCUCCACAGUGAAGAGUACUAUGGUCUGUGCAGGAGGUGAUGGGACACGCUCUGGAUGCCAGGGGGAUUCUGGAGGGCCCUUGAACUGUCUGGUGAAUGGCGCAUACUACGUGCAUGGAGUCACUAGCUUUGUUUCCAGCUCCGGGUGCAACGUCUAUCGGAAGCCCACGGUGUUUACCCGUGUAUCUGCUUAUAUCUCCUGGAUCAAUGGGGUCAUAUCCUCAAAUUGAACAAACUAGAAAGCAGAAGUACAUCAGAGGUUAAUGUCAUUGCCUGGUCAGAACACGCUGUACAUCUUUUGCUCUUCAACAAACUUGGUGGUGUGCAGUCCUUAGCAAAAAUAAAGCUAUGCCUUAAACAA